AUGAUCUGCGGUGCAAUCGUCACCGCAUUGGUGACGUGGCACAUUUGUCUAACAUCUGCGAAUGAGGAUUUUAUACCUGUAAACAUAACAGAAGGCAGUGGAAGUGGACAAGAAGAUACGGCGAUUUGGUCAAACGACUUGCCACCACUAUCCUCGGAAAUCGACUUUUUACGAUCAACUACUCAGAAAACGGUUACAAAACGGGCGACGAACACAUUUUACAAUGGAAUUCUGGAUCGUCCGUUUUUCUCAGUCUUCUCCUACUUGAAACCACUCAUCCCACCCACUGCCAUCAUCCCACUGAAUCGACCAUUGCAACGUGGGAACAGUAUUCCUCAGCUUCAGUAUAUUGCUCUGUGGGCGCCACGCGGCCAACCACCUCAUUGGGGUGCAAUAUUCCAGAAUGCACAGGGAAAAUUGGAUGGAAGUUUCAUAAAAGAUCGAAGGAUAUACAAUUUGUCAUCAUCCGAUAUGCAAAACACACCUGUCAGACUAGUACAAUACGUCGGGAACGAGCAGGAAAACAAUUUCAAAUUUGCCUGGACAAAAGCGAUCGAUGUCGACAUGGCUACAGUAGUCUCAGAACGAGAUUUCACGAAGCAGUGUAGUUCUAGAAUGGCGCCAGCUGUGCUACAGGACCACGGGUUCGAGUAUUUCGGCGAGGCGGAUAUUGACAAUCGAGUCAUGUAUUAUGUCGAACACAAUUUUGUAAAUACUGUAACAGGGAGCCUCUUCACCAAUAAUGUAUAUUUAUUGACAAAACAACAGUGCCAAUGCUCAUGUCCAGCUACUAGCUACUAG